CAUCUAUUUAAACGUUGUUGCAACAAGAUUUCAUCAUACAAUUCUGUAAAAAACAGUGUGAAUAAUAUGUCGCAACGGUCGCAACAUACCAUGCCUUCUUUGUACACCUCCGAAAAGUUCGGCAACGAUGAGACGGGUGAUGGAACUGAAAAAAAUCCGUUGAAAACGGUCUUGGAAGCUCUGCGAAGAGCAGGAUCUGAACCCUUUCCUGCUAUUUACGUGGACGAUCAAGAUGGUCGAUACGAACUCGCUUCAAAAUCUCUUUUGAAAAAAGCACACAAGAUAUUUGUCAAAGAAAAUCAGCAACGAGAUGAAAAAAAUGAAAAAGAACAGGAUGAUGCUGACAAAAGAAGGAAAAACUUGGAGGAAGCUAAGCAAAUUGUUAUUGAAGAAGACAAUUCGUUGCCUAAAGCACAGAGAAUUAAAAUUGUGAAUGCUCAAGAGUACCGAGGAAAACGGGUAAAAAUUUAUGGUUGGACUCAUAGAAUUCGCAGACAAGGCACAAAACUUAUGUUCAUUACAUUGAGGGAUGGCACAGGAUUUCUACAGUCAGUUUUAACUGACAAGCUUUGUCAGACUUAUAACGGCUUUGUGUUGCAAACAGAGUCUUCUAUACUACUAUAUGGUAAAAUUCAAGCUGUACCAGAAGGUAAAACUGCUCCUGGUGGACACGAACUUAUUGUGGAUUAUUGGGAAUUGAUUGGUUUAGCGCCAGCUGGAGGGGCAGACGCGAUACUAAAUGAACAAGCAUUGCCCGACAUUCAAGCGGCAAACAGGCACAUCAUGAUCAGAGGCGAAAACACAUCGAAAAUUUUAAGAAUGAGAUCUGUUCUUUUGCAGGCCUUCAGGGACCAUUACAUGGACAGAGGUUACUGUGAAGUAACCCCACCUUCCAUUGUACAAACUCAGGUUGAAGGGGGAUCCACUUUAUUUAAACUUGAUUAUUUUGGGGAAGAAGCAUUUUUGACUCAAAGUUCUCAGCUUUAUUUAGAGACUUGCUUACCUUCGAUGGGCGACGUUUAUUGCAUUGCAGAAAGCUUUAGAGCUGAACAAAGUAGAACAAGAAGACAUUUAGCAGAAUACACUCAUGUGGAAGCCGAAUGCCCAUUCAUAACUUUUAACGAUCUUUUAGAUCGCCUGGAGGAUCUUAUAUGCGACGUAGUGGACAGAGUUUUAAAAUCACCCUAUGGGAAAAUAGUUUACGAACUGAAUCCUGGAUUUCGGGUCCCCACACGUCCGUUUUUAAGGUUGAACUACUCCGAUGCAAUUGAAUAUUUGAAAAAGAACAACAUUACAAAAGAAGAUGGAUCGUUUUAUGAGUUUGGAGAAGAUAUACCGGAAAUGCCUGAGAGAAAAAUGACCGAUCAAAUUAACAGACCGAUUAUGCUGUGCAGAUUUCCGGCUAAUAUAAAAUCGUUCUAUAUGAGCAAAUGUCCUGAGGACUCUAAAUUAACCGAGAGCGUGGACGUUUUACUUCCAAACGUGGGGGAGAUUGUUGGAGGAUCUAUGAGGAUUUGGAAUUUGGAAGAACUGUUGGAAGGAUAUAAACGAGAAAAAAUAGAUCCCAAACCCUAUUUUUGGUAUAACGAUCAAAGAACUUAUGGUACUUGCCCGCAUGGAGGAUAUGGAUUGGGUUUAGAAAGAUUUCUCUGUUGGUUGUUGAACAGAUAUCAUAUCAGAGAAGUGUGUCUCUAUCCUAGAUAUCUUCAUCAUUGUAAACCAUAAAACUGUUUUAUGUUUCAAAAGGAUAAUACCCUAUAAAAUAUAUAUUAAAUUUUUAUAAAACGCAUAAAAAUAUAUAUCUGCUGUAUCAUCAUUAUUAUAAUAUACUUAAAACAUGUAUUUACCUCCCCCCCCCCAAGUAUAUUUAAAUAUAAAUAUAUUCUCCUUUUUGCUGCUAAAACAAGGAGUUUUAUUUUCCCUAUUUUUACUCCAAUUUCAUAACAAAUAACAUAGGGUUUAACCACAAAUGAGCCCAAGUGAAGAAUUUCAAAAAACACCAGGUACGUGGUGUUAUUUGAACUAUUUGUUUUUCAUACUAAGUGUCAGUUUUUCCCAUGGCCUAAGUCUGUCUAAAUCAAUGACUAAAGAAUUCAAGGACAAAUAACACCCAA